AUGGAUUUCAAUGAAUUGGAAGCCAUUGAAGGCCUGCGAUGGACAUGGAACUCAUGGCCCACAUCCAAGUCCGAAGUCGACUCCCUCGUGAUCCCUUUAUCGAUUUUGUGCACCCCUUUAUACCAAUUCAAUGAACUGCCUGUACUUCCCUAUGAUCCUCUACUCUGCUCCAGCUGUGGCGCCGCCUUGAAUCCAUAUGCCCGGGUCGAUUACCAACAUGGGCUCUGGAUUUGCCCGUUUUGUGACCUCAAGAACCGUUUCCCGAAGACUUAUGUUGGUGUUAACGAGAGUAAUAUCCCGGCUGAGCUUUUUCCGACGUAUAGUACGGUGGAGUAUCAUCUUGGGAAGAAAGCCUUAAAUUUGUCGCAGAGCAGCGGGUUUGGUUCGGUUCCGGGUUUUGAGAAUGGGUCGCUGUCGAGGGCGGGUUCGUUUCUUAGCUCCAGCACUUCGUUUUCUGGGUCGGAUCGGGCCGGGCCGAGUCUUGGUCCGGGACCGGCGUUUGUGUUCGUGAUAGAUGCUUGUACUGAAGAGGAGGAGCUCACGGUGUUAAAGAGUGAGUUGCUGCACGUGAUCGCGAGGUUGCCGGAGAAUGCUUUGGUGGGUUUGGUGGUUUUUGACUCUAUGGUGAGGGUUUAUGAUCUGGGGUUUUCAGAGAGUACGAGGGUGGUGUUAUUUCACGGUGGCCGAGAGAUUUCAUCCGACAAGACCAGAGAGCUAUUGGGGAUCCAUCGCAGUACACCACAACUUGGAGGGAUAGCGACAGUGAAAAAACAGAGUUUUCUAUUACCAGUGUCAGAAUGUGAGUUUAGUAUCACAAAUGCAAUUGAAGACCUGCAGUCUUCACCAUGUACUGUUGCAGGUGGCCGUCCAUUACGGUCCACAGGGGUAGCGAUAUCAGUUGCAGUUGGACUUUUAGAAGGAUCCUCGGUGAAUUUUGCAUCACGUAUUAUGGUUUUCACAUCGGGACCUGCAACUGUUGGCCCAGGCUUGGUUGUGGACUCAGACUUCAGUCAGGCCAUCAGGACCCACCGAGACAUUGAAAAAGGGCGUGAUCCUUAUUACCACAAAUCCAUUGAAUUCUAUCAUAGGUUAUCUCGGAGGUUAUGUGAUUCUUCAGUUGUCCUAGAUCUUUUUGCAUGCUCGCUGGAUCAAGUUGGAGCAGCAGAACUAAAAGUUCCUGUUGAGGGUUCUGGUGGCUUUAUGUUGUUAGCAGAGUCAUUUGAUUCUGAACAGUUCAGAAAGUGUUUGGGUCACAUUUUUAUUCAGGAUGAGGAAGGAAAUUUAAACAUGUGUUUUGAUGCAACUAUUGAGUUAGUAGCAACAGAAGGUGUAAAAGUGCGUGGAGCUCUUGGUCCUUGCACUUCGUUGGGGAAAAUUGGCAGUUCAGUUGGUAAUGUGCCCAUUGGGGAGGGUAGCACGCACGUGUGGAAGUUGGGUACACUUACCAGCAAAACAUGUAUUGCUUUCAUCUUUGAAGUGGAUAAUAAGCACAAAGUUGAACAUAAGUCUGCUUUUCUUGUACAAUUCAUAACCAAGUACAGAUAUGGUAAUAUGGGAAUCCGUAAGAGAGUGACUACCGUGGCCAGAAGGUGGGCUAAAAAUAGGUCACCGGAAAUUGUGUCUGGAUUUGAUCAGGAAGCAGCUGCUUCAGUGGUUGCUAGACUUGCUAUUCAUAAAUCCAAGAAAAACUUUGCUUCUGAAGUUAUUAGUUGGUUGGAUCAGAUACUUGUUCGUUUUGCAGCAAAGUUUGGUGAAUAUGUGCCUGAGGAUCCAAAUUCCUUUCGUCUUUCAUCCAACUUCUCCCUAUAUCCACAAUUCAUAUAUCAUUUACGGAGGUCUCAGUUCAUUGAUGUGUUCAAUAGCACUCCAGACGAGACUGCCUUUUUUCAACUUAUGCUAAACAGAGAGGGUGUGGUGGGCUCCUUGUUAAUGAUCCAGCCCACCCUGUUUCAAUAUUCAUUUGAAGGACCACCGAUCCCCGUUCUUCUUGAUGUUCGAUCCAUCCUUCCUGAUGUGAUUUUGCUCUUUGACUCUUACUUUCAUGUUGUUAUUCACUAUGGAUCUAAGAUCGCACAAUGGAGGAAGCUCGGUUAUGACAGGGACCCCAGUUACGAGAGCUUACGAAAAUUGCUAGAGGCUGUCCAGCUUGAUGCCGAGCAGCUUGUGGCCGAACGCAUCCCAGUUCCAAAGCUCAUAAGAUGCGACCAGCAUAGCAGCCAAGCUAGGUUCCUUCUUGCCAAGCUGAAUCCAUCUGUCACACAGAAUUCUGGAUAUGCAGAAGGCUCGGAGGUUAUAUAUACUGAUGAACCCAGUCUACAAGAAUUCAUGGAACACUUGCAAGCUUUGGCUGUGCAAGGCUAA